AUUUAUUUAUUUUUUUUUUUUUUUUUGCUCGGUAAACCGAAGAAAAAAAAAAACGUCCGCAUUAGCCAUCGUCAGGUGUGGCUUAUCUUGUGACAGAAGUUGACUUUCACGAAAAUUCAUUUCCUCAAAAUAAGUUUGGACUUCUGCUAGCUCUUGUGCAACCUGUCAACUUUUUCCACAGCUUUGCCCAAGUGCUACUUUUCUAUUCGACUUUAACGAUCGGAUAAACGAAGGUUUGUCUCCCUUUUUUGUCUCGAAUUAACUGUGGUGUGGUCUGCCAUCAUGUCAGAGAUGACAGGGAGCACCCCCAGCUACCUGUGGUCCUUACAGGAUGUCCUGGGUCAAGGGGCUACUGCUUGCGUCUACAAGGGUCGAAAUAAGAGGUCGGGUGAGUUGGUAGCCGUCAAGGUGUUCAACCUGGCGAGUUAUAAUCGCACACAAGAGGUACAGAUGAGGGAGUUCGACUUGCUGAGGAAGCUCAACCAUAAGAAUAUUGUGGAACUUUACGCCGUGGAGGAACUGCCGUCCAAGCAGAAAGUGCUGGUCAUGGAAUUUUGCUCAGGGGGAAGUUUGCUCAAUCUGCUUGAACAACCAGAAAAUGCUUUUGGCCUGGCCGAGACUGAGUUUCUCACCGUAUUGCAAUGUGUUGUGCAGGGAAUGAACCACCUUCGAGAGAACGGCGUGGUUCACAGAGAUAUCAAACCUGGCAACAUAAUGAGGCAGACGGGCGAGGACGGUAGGUCCGUUUAUAAGCUGACUGACUUUGGAGCGGCCAGAGAGUUGGAGGAUGACGAGAAGUUUGUGUCCAUCUACGGAACUGAAGAAUACCUGCACCCCGACAUGUAUGAGCGCGUGAUGCUCAGGAUGCCUCACCAGAAAUCCUACGGCGUCAGCGUGGACUUGUGGAGCGUCGGCGUGACGUUUUACCACACGGCCACGGGCUCCCUUCCCUUUACGCCUUUCAGAGGGCCUCGCCGGGAUAAGAAGACCAUGUACAAAAUCACCGCAGAGAAACCAGCGGGGACAAUUUCUGGAUUACAGCGGGUUGAAAACGGACCCAUCGAGUGGAGCGCUUACCUGCCUGACAGCUGCCAACUGUCACAAGGUCUCAAGAUGCAUCUGGUCCCCGUACUUGCCGGUAUACUCGAAGCAGAUCAAGAGAGGUGUUGGGCAUUCGAGCAGUUCUUCACAGCCACCACGGACAUCUUGCAACGACAGCCGGUGCACUUGUUUGCUCUCCGGCAAGCCGCGGCGCACUGCGUCUACGUACAUCAUUACAACACGAUUUCUGGCUUCUUUGAGGAGGUGGCCAUGCAGACUGGAAUUGAGGUCCAGCACCAACAGCUGCUAUACUUGGGCCAUGAACUACCACUAGAGGGCAGCAUGAAGGUGGUCAACCUUCCUCACACGACAGCCGCGCGGCCUCUCAUUCUGCUGAGUCAAAGUCAAGAGAUGAGCAAUGGCCUACCCUUCAGAGAACCAGAGACUCCAACGAUCCCAGCCAAGUUUGAUGUCAUGGCAGACUACAACUUUACCAAGAUUGUGGUGGGAGUCGUCCACCAGUAUCAGAGGAUAGUACAACUUCUGCAACGACACAGAGAGCUGAUACUGGAAGGAUAUUACAGUUACAUGAUGAUGCUGCGCAGGGCAUGUGGGGAAGCUAUGGACAGUAUUGCUCAGAUCGGCAUUCGACUCAAAUCCUGCCUCGGCGUACAACACAGGAUACGCACUCUAGGUCACCACACUUCAGAUAACCUGGCCGCAGCUGAGGAGAAUGAUAGGUUGCACCAGGUCACCGAGCACCUGCCCGGGUACGCCGCAGGCAUUCGGGAAUUUCAGAACCGCCUGGACCACUUGCAAAUCGAGCAGGCCAAGCUCGCGGAGACGUUGCCCAGUGACAAAAGUUGCCAAAAAAUGCAAAUGCUCCUUCAAAAGAUUGCUGCCAUUCAUCAACUUUACCAAAAAGACCGACUCUUGGGCAAAUUGUUAUAUAACGAUGAACAAAUCCACAAAUUUGAAAAAAUUCACCUGUCAUCGCACAUCAAGCGGGUCAAAUCUCUCGUCCGAGAAAACUGUGCGCAAAAAUACAAGGAUCUCUUGGACACCACGAGGACAUGGAGCAGAGUUUUACUAGAGAUGCAGAACCAUCUACAAGACUUCAAUUCCUUCUCUACAGGCUUGUUGGCUGACCUUGAUAUAACUGAGGAGCACCAGAACAAAACUCUGGACAGAAUCUUGGUCACGCUACAGCCAAGCGGAGCGGGACAGCAGCAUGAGGAAAUACAACUCCGGGACAAAGAACUCAUGUUGUCUAGGAUGUACCACCUAAAGGAAGAAAUGGAAAUUCUGGGACAUGAACUGCAGUGUAGCAACACCAUAAUAGAGAGUCUAGAAGCAGUCAACUCCGCAGUGACCGUGAGGCCUAGCGUGGCGCGGCCCGCCACGCUGUGAUAGGCACACGGUUUUAAUUGCCUGCCGUAAGCUUCCCGGACGACCGCUGUGACGCUAUGAAAGACCGCCUGCUUCAAGAGGGAGCUGGAGAUGGCAGAUUGUCAACCAAUUAAGAGAUAAGAGUCACAGGAACGUCACAUCACUGAGGGAUUUGCCAGCCAAUGCUAACCUCAAUAAUACAUUUUAUCCUAUCUAUUUUAUCCUAUCCAAGGUUAAUUCAGCAACCAAUAGAAUUUUCUACUUGUCAAAAGGCAGACUGCACCCUCGCCUGGGUGUACCGUAGUCCAGGGUUGUCAAACUUAUUUAGCUUCACAGCCCACUUUCAUGGCAAUUAGAUCUCAAGUGAGCCGAACCACUUAAUUUUUGGCCAAAUAAGUAAUGCACGUCAUGCAAACAAUGAUCCAAAUAAGGGACAGCUAGCUCGACUUCGUUGUUCCUUGUGGAUGCUGGCCUGAACAGAGUAGUUUUGCAGGUUAGCAAGUAUAAUGUUAUGCUAACUCUGACGCAGGUCGAACUUUCAGUAGAAAAAUUUGUGGUGUUUCCCCCACUUCCAAAACAUUGACGUCUGUUUACAUGACUUACAGUGGCUGCUGCUGGCCAAAGAAAACCCUUCUAAUAUCCCUCCUCUCUGAAGGGGAGACUAAUCAGCUCCCGAUUAGUCAGCCAGCUAUUUUUACGAUUUGUCGACUAAUCUAAUAUGUAUGUAUAUAUACAGUGGGGAGAACAAGUAU